AUGUCCUCAUCUACAGCCCCGUCGGGUCAACCAUCAGCCAUGAAUUCGUCCCAUCAUCCGUCCAGACCAACCGGUGCCAGACAUAUAGGCCCAUCCUUGCUCGCAGCUUCGCCUUCGCGGCGCGUCACGUCAGGUUCGGCAACCCAGACCGUCACUCCGGUCGAUUCCGCCUCGUCACGAUCAGUCUCGCCCGAACCGCUCAUCCUGCGUCUCCGUGGGGCACAUGAUGCCACCGCUGCCGGAUCCAGCACAAACACGAGUCGAGGGCGCCGCAGACAGAUCACUUGGGCAGAAGACGUGGUAGACAACGAAGGGCUGGGCAGAAAAUCAAGCAAAGUGUGCUGCAUUUACCACAAACCCCGGGAAUUUGGCGAGAGUUCCAGUGAAGACGACAGCUCGAGUGAUUCCUCGAGUGAUAGUGAUAGCGAUGCGGGCGGUAGUGACAGUCCUGACGACGGCGGUGCGAGAAUGAGCGGGAACCGGAAAGGGAGAAAACACGACCAUCCUCGUGACCACCAUAAUCAUAACGACGGUUGUGAUCAUGGGAAGGGCAAGGGGAGGAGAAAACCUAGCCCUAAUGCUUAUGAGAGGGUGCCCAGGUAUCACACGAAGAAUGAUGCAGGGAAGAGAUGA